AUGGAGAAGGAGGGAGACCCAUCUGGAGGCUGGCGCUUCGCCCAGUGCUUCGGAGACAAGGGCGAAGUCGAGGAGAUCACCGAAGCCGAUAUCAUCUCGACCGUCGAGUUCGAUCACACUGGAGACUACCUUGCCACAGGUGACAAAGGUGGCCGCGUCGUCCUUUUCGAGCGCAAUGACUCCAAAAAGGGCUGCGAAUACAAGUUCCACACAGAGUUCCAAUCACACGAGCCAGAGUUCGACUAUCUCAAGUCGCUCGAAAUCGAGGAAAAGAUCAACAAGAUCAAGUGGUGCAGAAGACAGAACGCCGCUCACUUCUUGCUCAGUACAAACGACAAGACCAUCAAGCUAUGGAAGGUCUUCGAAAAGACGCUCAAGCUCGUGGCCGAGAACAAUCACAACGACAUGAACUACGGUCAAACGCGCGAUCCAGAUGUCCACCCAUCCUUGCUCCCCGUCCCAACGCCAGCACCCGGAAGCGGAGUCGGGCUUCGUCUCCCCCGUCUCACACCCGUCGAUACCAUCAUUGCAGCUGUUCCUCGCAAGAUCUACGCCAACGCCCACGCCUACCACAUCAACUCGAUUUCGGUCAACUCGGAUGGCGAGACCUACAUCAGUGCCGACGAUCUCCGCAUCAACCUCUGGAAUCUCAACAUCAGCGAUCAAAGCUUCAACAUUGUCGACAUCAAGCCUGUCAACAUGGAGGAGCUGACAGAAGUCAUUACGGCCGCCGAGUUCCAUCCCAUCCACUGCAACCAGUUCGUCUACUCGAGUUCCAAGGGCACGAUCAAGCUGGCGGAUAUGCGAGACUCGGCGCUCUGCGAUGCGCAUGCCAAGCAGUUCGAGGAGGAAGAGGACCCAUCCACCAAAUCCUUCUUCAGCGAGAUCAUCAGCAGCAUAUCUGACGUCAAGUUCUCGCGCGACGGGCGAUACAUCCUCUCGCGCGACUACCUCACGCUCAAGAUCUGGGACGUCAACAUGGAGAACAAGCCGGUCAAAACGAUCCCCAUCCACGACCACCUCCGCUCCAAGCUGUGCGACCUCUACGAGAACGACUGCAUCUUUGACAAGUUCGAAGCGCUCUGGGGGCCGGACGGCAAGAAGGUGCUGACGGGUAGCUACAACAACUACUUCCACAUCUUUGACAAGGACGACAGCUCGGACGUGGUGCUGCAGGCGGACAAGUCGGCGUUCAAGGCGAAACGCAUGGCGGGCGCGGGCAAGAAGGGCAACAAGGGCGGCAACAGCACCCUCGGUGCGCCAGGGCAGAUCAACCUCGACAACCCAGACUUUAACAAGAAAAUCCUCCACGCCAGCUACCACCCCAGGGAGAACACGAUUGCCAUCGCUGCGACCAACAACUUGUUCAUCUUCAGCGCGAACAACCCGGCAGGCAUCCCCAUGGCAUAG